AUGGGUGCAUCGGGUGACCUGGCCAAGAAGAAAAUCUAUCCCACUAUCUGGUGGCUGUUCCGGGAUGGACUUCUACCUGAAGACACCUUCAUUGUGGGCUAUGCCCGCUCCCGUCUCACAGUGGAUGACAUCCGCAAGCAGAGUGAACCCUUCUUUAAAGCUACCCCAGAGGAAAGGCCAAAGCUGGAGGAGUUCUUUGCCCGUAACUCCUAUGUGGCUGGCCAGUAUGAUGAUCCAGCCUCCUACAAGCACCUCAACAGCCAUAUGAAUUCCCUAUAUCAGGGGAUGCAGGCCAAUCGCCUAUUGUACCUGGCCUUGCCUCCCACAGUCUAUGAAGCUGUCACCAAGAACAUUCAAGAGACCUGCAUGAGUCAGACCAGAGGCUGGAACCACAUCAUAGUGGAGAAGCCCUUCCGGAGAGACCUGCAGAGCUCCAACCAGCUGUCGAACCACAUCUCCUCUCUGUUCCGGGAGGACCAGAUCUACCGCAUUGACCACUACCUGGGCAAGGAGAUGGUCCAGAACCUCAUGGUGCUGAGAUUUGCCAACAGGAUCUUUGGCCCCAUCUAG